AUCAACAGAUCGCAUCUUUUGCCCCUUCCGAACAGAUUCGAGGAUACUUUCACGUCCACCCCAACGCUGGGAUGUGCUCCGCCGUCGCCGCCGACCCCCAGCUCUGCCAGAGCUGCCGGCACAAGCUUUGCGUCGUCGACCACUCGAGUCUUGACCUCCACGCCGCCGAAUUGAAGGUCGUAUGUGUUCAUUUGCGAAAGGAGGUUUUCUUAUUACUCGUAUGAUGAUUCCAUUGGUCUUCAGUAAUGAAUCUUAGCUUGGAGAUUUUCAAAAAAGCUGCUUUUUCAAAAAGCUAUACGGAAAACUGGCUUUAGUAAAGCAAUUUCAUGCAUUGUACAGUGUACAUAGGACAGCAACUUGGAUCAUAUCGUAUGAUCGGAGUCUCUUGCCCAAGAGCAUUGGACGGAUCACGGGCGGUUGUAAUCCGGAUCAAUGUGUAAAAGAGUUGAAGUAAAACUGAAAAAGGUAGGGGUUAUUGAGAUAUGAUCAAAGCUUAACAAAGGAGGUGUGCAUGUGUGCAUACGUGGCCAUGCACACAUAGAAGACUUGUCAUCUAUUUAUUAUUUUGUUAUUGUUAAUCCAUUUGAAUAAGUCUUAUGUUGUUAGCAUCUUUAUAGGAGCUGUUUUAGUCUUUGCAUUUGUUAAUGGUUGUACGUGGGAUAUGGCUAAAAAAUAGGAAGUAGUUCAGCCAUUUUCUAAUUCACUUGAUCAAGCAUUGUAAUGGGUAUUUAUACCCCUAAUCCGUAUGAUAAUGGACAAGUUGUUUUUGCAUCCAUUUCUUUUGUAUUUUCCUUGCUUGAGUUCAACACUUGGUAUCAGAGCUUAAGGACGAUCCAAACACCUGUUUGAACGUCUAACAUUGUGAGGAAGAGAGAUCACACAAAAAAAAAAGAGAAAAUAUGCAAGGCUCAAGCAAUGGAAACUCUGUUAAUCAACUGCCUUUGUUUAAAGGAGUUAAUUAUCAUUUCUGGAGUUUGAAGAUGAAAACACUCUUCAAAUCUCAUGAUCUAUGGAGUAUUGUGGAAGACGGAUUUGCAGAUGAUCAACCGGAGGAACCUGAUCAAAAUCUGAGAGACAAAAGAAAGAAGGAUGCAAAAGCCCUAUAUCUCAUUCAACAAGCUUUGGAUGAUGAUAUUUUCCCUCGAAUUGCAGCUGCCUCAACCUCAAAAGAAGCUUGGAGUAUUCUGAAACAAGAAUACCAAGGAGACAAGAAGGUAAUCAUGGUGAGAUUACAAUCUCUUAGAAGAGAAAUGGAGAAUGCACGCAUGAAAGAUAAAGAAAGUGUUCAGGACUAUCUUUCAAGAAUUACAAGUUUAGUGCAGCAGAUGAAAUCCUAUGGAGAGGAUAUCAA